AGCGAGAGGAGACAUGCUGUACACAGAGCUCACACUGAAGAUGAUCACACUGAUGUGGAUCACAGUGAUGCUUUUUAAUCAAACUGAUUCUGCACAGAUAAAUGAUCUCAAUCAGCCCAACCCAGUGAUCGCUGCUGGUGUUGGUGAGAACGUGACUCUGCACUGCUUUAAAAAGCGAGAGGAUAACCCUGAAACCAUCAUUUGGUUCAAGCAAAAAAUUGGACAGGAGCCUUCUCUAAUGGUCACAGUUCAACAUGAACCCAAAUAUAAAGAUGAGUUCAAGCCGCCAAAAUUCAGCAUCGAGAAAGAAGAAAAAACGGGCUUCCAUUUGAAAAUUGUUAAUGUGGAACCAUCAGAUGAAGCCUUGUAUUACUGUGGACUUUUGUAUUAUUGUGGACUUUCAACAAGUUUUGGAAAAGGAACCUUUUUAUCAGUGAAAGGUGAUGGAGAUGUAAAAGUGUCAGUGAUCCAGAGCGGCGUGUUGGACUCGGUUCCUGCAGGAGCGUCAGUGACUCUGCAGUGCUCGGUUCUCUCUGAGAGCAGAGCAGCAGAACACCAAGUGCUCUGGUUCAGAGCUGCUUCACCACAAUCCCAUCCUCAAAUCAUUUACACUCAUCACAACAGCAGCCGUCAGUGUGAGAGCGGCUCUUCUACACACACCUGUGUGUACGACUUCUCCAAGCACAUCCUCAGCAUCAAUGAUACUGGAACUUACUACUGCGCUGUGGCCGUGUGUGGGAAGAUCAUUUUUGGGAACGGGACUCGAGUACAGUUGGAGAGAUCUGCCGUGGAUCCUGUAGUGAUCUGUCUCGCUGGAGCUUUGGGAGUGUGUGUGGUUGUGAUCUUUGCUUUGAUCUUUAUCAUAACCUAUAAAGGAAGAAACAGAGUGAAACUCAAACAGAGUUCUGUGAUGGACAAAACCCCAAAUCAGGACUGUGACACUGUGGAGCUGAAUUACGCUGCUUUACAUUUCAGUGAGAGGAGAGCCAAAAGAGGAAGAGUAAAGAAACAACAACCUCAGGAUAUUAUAUAUUCUGAUGUACAACGUCCUUCUAAGACUUAGAGUUUAAUGAUGAGAAGCCGCAGUAUGGAAGGAAUAAAACAACCUGAGUGUG